AUGAGUGAUUCAUUAAUUCAAGAGCAAUAUUUUUAUGAAGAGUAACAAUUUUAUACAAUUAUAUUAGAUCAUGUGAAGCUAAUUAGAAUUUAGUAAUUUUUUCAUUGCCUGAUCCAUCUACCUAAGUGUAGCAAGAAUAAUAACUUCCUAAAAUAUAGAUUUUUUAAGAUGUAGAUUAAGGAACUGAUUAAAUUUCUAAAGUCAUUUAAUUAGAUAAUUUAAGAAUGGAUAGAUUACACAUAAGAAAUGAUAGUUCAUUUGAAGGUUAACCAAGAAGUGGAAGUGAUGGGGAUAAUUCAAGAGAUGGAAGUUAAAAUGAUCAAAGGAAUUAGAGUAAAAGUAAAUAAUUAAUUUAUUUUUAUUAGGAAAAUAAACAAAAAAACAUUAAAAUAAAUUAAAUGAAUAAUUACAAUCUGAAAUUAUAUCUUAGACAAAUUGCAUUUAUUCAAAUAAAAUAUAAAAUUUAGUUAAGAAAGAUAUAAAUAAUUAAUUGAUUGUAACUUAAAAAAUAAGAUAAUCGUAUUCAUUUUUAUUGAUUUGAUUUAGAAGAAGUUAAUAGAAAAUAGAACGAAAAAAUGAAUAACAAUUAAAUAUUAAUGUUGAACAUAGUGAUCAAUCAUCAUCUGAGAAUCCAGAUUCAAUUAAUUAUGGAAAUUUAGAUCCAAAUAGGCUUAAGUAAGUGAGGAAUAGAGAAUCUGCAAGAAAUUCAAGGGCAAGAAAGAAGAUUUAUUUUGAACUCUUAGAGAUAAGAGUUAAAGACUUAUAGGAUGAAAAUGAUAAAUUGAGAGAAUAAUGUAAUAGUUUAUAAAAAUCAAUUGAAACUUAUAGUAGAUAAUAAGAUAAGGUAUUAUUUAUAAAUCAUUUAAUUUAGUUCUAAGUGUUUUUAAAUUAAUAAUAAAAAUUAUUUGAAAGGUUAGAAGAAUGUAUUACAUAAGGGAAAGAUGAUACAGAAAUAGAAAUUCUUUUGGAUGCAUUAAAAUAUAGAACAUCUUCCAAUAAACAAGAGAGAAUUGAUGCAGCAAAAUCACAUUCAUAUUAAAUAUUGGAUGUCUCUUUACCAAUAUAAACAAAAUAUUUGUUCAGUAUUUUAGAUGAUAGAGAUUUCUUUUCUUAAAAUUAUAAGUAUUUAUAUAAUAAAUUAGAAAUGUCUCUGAAUUUUUAAAGGAUAUUUUGAUAAAUAUUGAAAUGAAACCUGAAAAUUAUACUAAUAAUGAGAAAAUUAAAUUAAAGAUAGGAUAAUCAAAAUAAAAUAUAACAAAGUUAGAAAUUUAAUUAAUUUAGUUCAUUUAAAAAAAUAAAAUAAGAAAUUAAAGUUAUAUAGAAUGAGGCAUCUAAAAUAGAUUUAUUAUGGGAAUAAUUAAAAGAAAAUAUUAAACCAAAAUUAUUAGCUUAAUUAUUAAUAGGCUUACAUCAAGUAAUGAUGUAAUAUUCUAUUUAUUUAGAAUGAAUUUCGAUCAGAAUUUUAGGCAAUAACAAUUUUUUAAAAAAACAAAGAAAAAAUAGAUCAAAAUUAUAUGCAAAUUGAAGUUUAAUAAUUGUUAUUACGAAAACAAAUAAAAAAAUCGAAUUGA